UCUGGAUCAGUUGGUCGCCCUUCUCGCCGACCGCAGAUACAUAGAGGAAGCAUGUCAAGUGCUGAACGAAGUCGUUAACCUGCGCCGUAUAGUCUCUGCCGCUAAUCGGAAAGCGUACUGUCCUCAACUCGCUUGGUUCCUUAGCGAUCCUCCGAGGGACCAGGAAAGUUUUGCAGAUAGUUUGCGGACCAGAGUUCUAUUCCUGAAGCACACUGCGAGGAACCUUGGGGCGACACGCAUCUUCAUGCACACGGAAGAACCUGUCGAAUUUCAAAGACAGGUGCUCGGUGAGAGCCUCUGCUGGGGUAUUAGCGCCCUCACACGGGGUCUGUCCCGCUGGCACAAUCGCUACUCGGACGCGCUGUCCGCUGCACAUGAGAGCGUGAAUCUACUGCACGAUACCUGCCCAAGACGACAAUCGCGCCAUACCUAACUGAAUACCUGGAAAGACUGGCCUCCUUGUACUUAGACGGCGGGUGCAUCGCGGAAGCGCUGGAAACGAUGGAGGAAGAUAUCCGGCUCUAUCGACGGCAGCGUCGGCGACUGCCGAAGCGCUACGGUCCCGAGCUUGCGUACUCGCUGGAGAGGAAGUCUGCGUACCUAGAGGCUGCGACCGGAAGGAGGAGGCCUUCACCCGCUGAGGGAAUCCAUUGCCCUUCUUCAGGACCUGGAAGAGCAGCGGCCAGCUCUGCACAGCACGAUGCUACAGGACUACUUGAACUGGAUGCA